UAUGAAGAACACUCCUUCCCUUUUUAAGACAAGACACUUAAACGCUCAUUUUAGGCUCCAAUUAUCCAAAACAAACACUUACACAACCAUUCCAUGAUGACUUCAUGUUGUUAUAUGCUACUCCACAUUUCCCUCAUUACUAUCCUUUUAUUUUCCGGCGAGACUAUAGCGGCACCAGCACAUGGCCGGAGCCGCCAAGAGAAAGAUAAAAUACUCGGGCUGCCGGGCCAGCCAUUGGUUAAACUUAAUUUCAAUCACUAUUCAGGGUAUGUGAAAGUAGAUAAGAAAACAGAUAGGAAUUUAUUUUACUGGUUAAUUGAAUCACCAUUAAAUAGUAAACCUCAUUUAAAACCACUUGUAUUAUGGCUUAAUGGUGGUCCUGGUUGCUCAUCUGUGGCCUAUGGAGCUUUUGAAGAAGUGGGCCCUUUUAGGGUCCAGCCUGAUGGGAACACACUCACUUUUAGCCCAUAUGCUUGGAAUAAAGUGGCCAACUUGCUUUUUCUUGAUUCACCUGCCGGAGUUGGAUUCUCUUAUUCAAAUGUUUCAACUCAUGAGCAACAAAAUGGUGAUCGAAGAACAGGCAGAGAUACGUAUGUAUUUCUAAGAAGAUGGUUAAAAAGGUUCCCUCAAUACAAGAACAGACCUUUUUACAUUGCGGGAGAAAGUUAUGCUGGUCAUUACAUACCUCAACUCUCUUUAAUUUUAACCAUUAAUCCUAUCAUCAACUUCAAAGGUUUCUUGGUAGGAAAUCCAACAUUAGAUAAUAAGAUGGACAAUAAAGGAACAUUUGAGUAUUGGUAUAACCAUGGAUUGGUAUCUGAUACAACUUACGAGACACUCAAAGAGAACUGCUUAGAUGAAUCAAUUCUGUUCCCGCUUUCUGAAUGCAAUUUUGCACUUUUCAAGGCUUUCUCUGAGUUUGGAAAUAUCAAUCCCUAUGAUAUUUAUGGCCCUGUUUGUUCCCAUAAUUCCACCUUCUUCCAUAACUUCAAAAAACCUCUUGCAUACAAAUACAAAUACAGUGGGAAUGAAGACUGUGAAGUGACAUACACAAUGAUGUACAUGAACAGAGCUGAUGUUCAGAAGGCUUUUCAUGUCAAUGUCACUGCUUCCAUUCCUCAUCCUUGGAAACCAUGCAGUGAAGCAGUAAGAAGCAGUUGGAGUGAUUCCCCAAAAUCUAUGCUCCCAAUCAUCAAAGAACUCAUAACUGCUGGUGUACAGAUUUGGAUAUUCAGUGGAGAUACAGAUGCAAUUUUACCUUUGACUUCUACAAGAUACUCCAUCAAUGCCCUUAAACUCAGCACAAUUGUAGAAUGGUAUCCUUGGUAUCACCCUAAACAGGUCAUUGGAGGUUGGAGCCAAGUAUAUGAUGGACUGACCUAUGUGACUGUUAGAGGUGCAGGCCAUGAGGUUCCACUAACUCGCCCAAGACUUGGACUCUUCCUUUUUCAACACUUCUUAAGGAAUCAGCCUAUGCCCCAAAUAACACUGUAACAUUUGAUUUGCGGCACCCCAAAUUUGCAUCAAUACUCAAUUAUGUUACCAUUUGUUAUUACAUUGUGACUACUUAUAGAUAAAGAAUUG